AGUCUGUAAGGCUUAGUGAAAGUGAAAGUGUGCCUUAUUAUUUGAGAGCUGCCCUAGAAGCAUAUGAGCGUACAGAAAAAUAUUGAACACAUUCAGAACCAUGGUAAAACUGUGUUUCUUUUGGCUUUUUCUUUCAUUAUACACCAUCAUAAACGCAGGAUCUCAUUCUCUGUUGGCAUUCGCAACUUGUAUCUCAGGAGAAGCACCUUUCCCUGAGUGUAGUGUUGUGUUGAUGCAGGAUGACAUUCAAGUUGGCUACUUUGACUCCAACACGGAGCAGUUUAUUCACAAGGGACCUUACGCCCCAGACGAAACAGAGGUUGACGUAGCCCAAGAUGCAGCUAAUGUGUUUGGACACAUGUUCCUCAGCAUGAAAAGGCGACUGUCAGACCUGAGGUUUCGCUUUAAUUCCACAGGGAAUACAGAUGUUCAGCAGAGAAUGGCUGGCUGUGAGAUGUUGGAUACUGGUGAACCAGGCCUUAUUCUGUCCACAGAUGCUUUCAAUGCAAUUUUAGCUGAUUUAAUAUAUUACAACAUGACACAUUAUUCAUACAAUUCCGGAAACCUACUGUCGCCAUGGAGUGAGGUGCAUCAAACAUAUGCAAAAUGGCGUUAUCAGACCAUUUACCUACCCAUUUGCAUAAAAACAUUGAAGAAAUUUCUGGAGAGAUUGAAGAACUUUGUGAUGCGUAAAGUGCGUCCCAGAGUCAGGCUCAUACAGAAAGCCAUGUCUGGAGGAGCCCGUGUGAGCUGUCUGGCGUAUGGUUUUUACCCCCGCCACAUCAAUCUGACCCUGCUGAGAGACGGCCAGCCAAUAUUAGAACAGGACAUGACUGGGGGCCAGUUGCUGCCCAAUGGAGACGGGACCUACCAGCUGAGAAAGAGUCUGGAGGUCAACACAGAGGAGCUGCGAGAGAGACACAACUACACCUGCACCACCUCCCACCUCAGUCUGGACAACAAGCUGGAUGUCAGCUGGAUACCUGAGUCUGGGAUCGACAGAGUGGGUCUUUAUGUCAAGUCAGGUCCACUGGGCAUGGUGGCCAUAAUUAUUCUACUCAGUAUUUUCGUUUGUGUAAGGAGGAGAAAUGCGGCUGGCUCCCAGACAUUGUCACAGCUCUCCAAUGCUAAUGAUGCCCAAGUGGCCGAGCAAAUGAGCCUAUCUUCACAUUCUGAGACCUGAUAUAUUUGCUGCUGCCACUCAUGCAAAGACUUCAAAGUGAAAAGCCAAUACAAUGAAGGGUGAUCUAAAUUAUACAGUAUAUAGCCUAGUAAAGACACGUAUUUUUAUGACGCAGUGGUGUAUAAGCAAUCUGAAAAUGUGUACUGACAGUGAGUGCUAUGACGUAUGUAUUGAUUUGAUAUGUAAAAAAGUGUUUUGUACUGCAUUAAAGAUCCGUAAAUAAAUCAUCAUGACACAAAAAGAU